AUGCCAUCUCUCUUUCACAAUCCUUUCUAUUCGCGACUGCCCACCUCUAGCAGUCGCUUGCCCGAACUUGCACUCGACGACUCUGAAUCGGAGCCAGACGCACCAUUCCUCCAAUCCGAACUCUCUCUUCCCCGCCCAGCCUUCGCUAAAUCGACUAAUCGUCGCAAAUGGACCGCACCACUGCUGGCAUCGGUUGGGACGACCGUCACAUUGGCCCUCUUCAUCGUCCUUCUCAUUCUCCCCCGCCGCGUUUCCUCCAAAGUAGACCACUCGGAAUACUUCGCCGCUGCCGCCCGGAACUCGGUAGCGGACCUGCGCGACCGCCAGUCAAGGACACUGGCUCAGGCCACCGCGCGCUAUACGCUCAAAACGGGGCGUCAACCGCCACGCAACUAUGACCGCUGGUUUCAGUUUGCACAGGAGCACAAGUGCCUCAUCGACGACUACGACCAGAUCCACCGCGACUUCAAGCCAUUCUACCAGCUGGCUGAAGAUGACCCGGCCUUUUUCCAGCGGAUGAUAGACGCUGCUGCCGUGAUGAAUGGCGACAACAGAGGGCUGGGACGGUGGCAUAUCCAGAAUGGGAAUGUCGAAGAGACAUCGGGGACAAGUGUGGCCUAUUCGUAUUAUUGGCAGGUUACACUGGGAAAGUUCGCGCAUAUCCUUCCCGACCUCACCGUUGUCAUCAACGCCCGAGACCAGCCACGUGUAGUUUUCGACGUCCGCCAAACGGGCAAAGAGAUUCGCGAGCGGGCGCGCAAGCUCACCGAGAAGACGCCCUUCAAUGUGUCCCCCAAGCAAACGCAGACAUAUUUUGCUGGCCAGCCAGGCUGCACUAUCCUGCGCAAUCCUGAUGGCUUUCCCGACGUCGCCAGCGACGAUAGUGCUUUCCUGCUAUCUAGUGCGAUGAGCCAAUUCACCGAAGACCUGUACCCGAUUUUGUCCAUGGCCAAGAUCGGUCCCUGCUUCGCUGACAUCCUGUUCCCCAUCGAGUACUACUACCAGCGCUCAUGGUGGUACCGCAAGUUCUCCUACGCCAACAACAUCCCCUGGGACCGGAAGAAGGCACAGCUCUACUGGCGCGGCAUCGCGAGUGGCGGACAAAUCGUCGACUCCAACUACCACAACUUCACCCGUUUCCGCCUGGUUGAUCUGGCGCGGAAGCACCCAGACUUGAUCAACGGGAGAAUCACGUCAUUUGCGGACGAGCUGUGCUCGGUGGCCGUCUGCGACAAGGCGAAGAUCUUGAAGGAAUACGACAUCACGGGCGAGCGGUCCCAGAAGGAGGAUGCGUAUGGGUACAAGUACCUGCUUGACUUGGACGGGACCACGUUUUCGGGCCGCUUUUUGGGAUUAUUACGGUCGGGGAGCUUGGUUUUCAAGAUGACCGUCUUCCAGGAGUACUUCAACGACUGGCUGCGGCCAUACGAGCACUACAUUCCCGUUGCGUCCGAUUUGUCCGACCUCACCGAGAAGCUGGCGUGGGCGAAGGAGAACGAGGUUGAGGCGCGCAUGAUUCAGGAGCGCGGGCGGGAGAUGGCGGAGAGGGUGGUCACGGACGAGCAGAAUGACUGCUAUUUUUCGCUGGUGUUACUUGAGUGGGCUAGAUUACAGGAAAUGGCAAGGACUAAUAAUAUAAGCACUUUUCGUUGA